GUUUUGAUGUUGCAAAGACAGGUGAUGCCCGAAUUGGGUUUGUGGGUUUUCCAUCAGUGGGGAAGUCUACGCUUCUAAGUAAUCUUGCUGGUGUGUACUCUGAAGUGGCAGCAUAUGAAUUCACUACACUAACUACUGUGCCUGGAGUCAUUAGAUACAAAGGAGCAAAGAUACAGCUACUUGAUCUCCCAGGAAUUAUUGAAGGUGCCAAGGAUGGUAAAGGCAGAGGACGGCAAGUCAUUGCAGUUGCUCGAACCUGUAAUCUCAUUCUGAUUGUUCUGGAUGUGCUGAAACCCCUUGGUCACAAGAAAAUAAUUGAGAAUGAACUGGAGGGAUUUGGAAUUCGUCUGAAUAGUAAGCCCCCCAAUAUCGGCUUUAAAAAAAAGGAUAAAGGAGGCAUUAACCUUACAGCCACAUGUCCUCAGAGUGAGCUGGAUACUGAAACAGUGAAGAGCAUCUUAGCAGAGUACAAAAUUCACAAUGCUGAUGUCACGCUGCGCAGCGAUGCCACUGCUGAUGACCUGAUUGACGUUGUUGAAGGGAACAGGGUUUACAUCCCAUGUAUUUAUGUCCUAAAUAAAAUUGACCAGAUUUCCAUUGAGGAACUAGACAUUAUUUACAAAGUACCCCACUGUGUACCUAUAUCUGCUCAUCAUCGCUGGAACUUUGAUGAUCUGCUGGAGAAAAUUUGGGACUACUUGAAGCUAGUACGAAUCUACACCAAACCUAAAGGACAGCUCCCAGACUACACCUCUCCUGUGGUACUACCUUACUGCAAGACCACAGUGGAGGAUUUUUGCAUGAAGAUCCACAAAAAUCUCAUUAAAGACUUUAAAUAUGCACUGGUCUGGGGUUCAUCUGUUAAACACAACCCUCAAAAAGUUGGUAAAGACCAUACUCUUGAAGAUGAGGAUGUUAUUCAGAUUGUGAAGAAAUAAAGUUGUUACACAGUUUGCUGUUGUGCCCAAAAUCUGUCAUUAGUUGUAAGUGGCAAAGAACAGACCAUUUCUAUCAAACCUAUAGCAA